GGGAGCCGGAAGCGGCUCGGUAGACGGUCAACAAGCCGCGGGGGAGGACGCCGUCUCCAUCUUGACAGUGCCUGCUGCCGCCGCCCGAAGAUGGGGGGAGUCCUGGGGCUGUGCUCCGUGGCGAGCUGGAUACCAUGCCUGUGUGGCAGUGCCCCGUGUCUUCUCUGCCGCUGCUGCCCCAGCGGAAACAACUCCACGAUAACUCGGCUGAUGUACGCUUUCUUCUUGCUUCUCGGGGUGAGCGUCGCCUGUGUGAUGCUGCUCCCCGGAAUGGAGCAGGAGCUGAAGAAGAUUCCCGGUUUCUGCGACGGUGGGACGGGGACUUCCCUUCCGGGAAUCCACGGGCACGUGAACUGCAACGUCCUGGUGGGAUACAAGGCAGUGUACCGGGUCUGCUUCGGCAUGGCCAUGUUCUUCCUCCUCUUCUCCCUGUUGAUGAUCAAAGUCAAGAGCAGCAGCGACCCUCGAGCUUCAGUGCACAAUGGAUUCUGGUUCUUCAAGUUCGUUGCCGCAGUGGCCAUUAGCGUCGGAGCCUUCUUCAUCCCCGAGGGACCCUUCACUACCGUGUGGUUUUACGUCGGUAUGGCCGGGGCAUUCUGCUUCAUCCUUAUCCAGCUGGUCUUGCUGAUUGAUUUUGCUCACUCUUGGAAUGAGUCGUGGGUGGAGAAGAUGGAAGAGGGAAACUCAAGAUGUUGGUAUGCAGCCCUCCUGUCCGCCACGGCGCUGAACUACCUGCUGUCCUCGGUGGCGAUAGUGCUGUUCUUCGUCUACUACACCCGGCCGGGGGGCUGCUCCGAGAACAAGGCCUUCAUCAGCGUCAACAUGCUGCUCUGCAUCGGCGCCUCGGUCCUGUCCAUUCUGCCCAAGAUCCAGGAGUCGCAGCCGCGGUCUGGUUUGCUGCAGUCUUCCGUGAUCACCGUCUACACCAUGUAUCUGACUUGGUCGGCGAUGACCAACGAGCCAGACCGCCGGUGCAACCCCAGCCUGCUGAGUAUAAUCGGCUACAAUUCGACGGGCAGCCCCCCGGGGCCGGGCCAGGGGGCCGUCCAGUGGUGGGACACGCAGGGGAUCGUCGGCCUGGUCCUCUUCCUGCUGUGCGUGCUCUACUCCAGCAUCCGCACGUCCACCAACAGCCAGGUGAACAAGCUGACGCUGACCAGCGACGAGUCCACGCUGAUCGAAGACGGGGCGGCCCGGAGCGACGGCUCCCCCGAGGACGGGGAGGAGGCCCGCCGGGCCGUGGAUAACGAGCGGGACGGGGUCACCUACAGUUACUCCUUCUUCCACUUCAUGCUGUUCCUGGCCUCCCUCUACAUCAUGAUGACCCUGACCAGCUGGUACAGCCCCGACUCCUCGAGCGAGGCACUGACCAGCAAGUGGCCGUCCGUCUGGGUGAAGAUCUCGUCCAGCUGGAUGGGCCUCGCCCUGUACGUGUGGACGCUGGUGGCCCCGCUGCUCCUGACGAACCGCGACUUCGACUGAGCCGGGCCCCGCGUCCGUGCCCGCGCUCCCCCCACCCCCCCGUCACGCCUCGCGGUUGUAAAUACGGGCGCCCGACCUGCAUGCAUCAAGUCACCCGCCGUUAACCUUUUGACUCGCUCUCUUCCCGCCCAAGUCGCUAGUAUUUCCGUUGGACUUCCAGCAGCGCUGUAGCUUCGAUGCCGUGCGGGAGAAGCGGGUGGGAAAGGGCGGGGACGAGAGAAGAACGCUUCGAGCGGUAAGGCGAGGAGGGGCGGGAGACGGCGAUGCCGGUCUUUGUCACCGCGUUGAGAAGCGAGAUAGAAAUGCCUCCUGGCGAUUCCCGACGCCUCUCAGUCGGCCGUUUCCGUACCGCUUCCCGGAGGACUGGGAUCCCGACGCGUUUUCCCUCCGACGCCGAGAGGGAUUUUCCCCCCUCCGUCCGUGCGGGGCGGAGGGGUUGGUUACCGAGCAGCCCCCGGUGAUCGGUCUUCUUCCCCGGGCCUGGAGCGAGGACAGUGGAAAGGAUCGUCGAGCUUCGCCUCCGGUUGAAAAAGCCAAGUGGGUGAAAGGGUGGUAAAGUAGGGGGUGGAGGGGACCGCAGGAGAACAAAAUGCGGUCGUUGCCCCUCCAUCGAACCCUUCGCUUUCUCACGCAUCGAGUUCACGGCCCGAUACCUAACACCGCCGUCUCCUCGGACGGAUUCUUUUCACGCUGCGGGGAGGCCCGCUGGGUCCAUUGCCGGCAGUGGACUCGAUUCCAGGAGAAUUGAACUCUGGCUAGGGAGUUAUGUUUGUUAAAAAUAAAAGAAGCGUGUUGUGUAGUGUGUGAGUAUCUUACCCGCUGUUGUAGCUCUCUGCUGCCCUGUAAUUGAAGCGCGGAGACUUGACGGCCGCUCUUCCUCCUUAUCAAGGGGAGCAGCGUUAGUUGGGAUUGAAUUUAGAAGUGUAUUUCAGCACCCGUGUGUGUGUACUGCUGCUUCCCGUGGCGUUCACGUGCAUCCCGAUUUGAAACUUUGUCCACGAGCGCAUCGAAUGGGACGAGAAAGCGACUCGACCCCUCAGAAUUUCAGAAGAGGGCCUCGGGGUGGGGGGAAGUAUUAACCCUGUAUAUAAUCGCACGCGCGUCUUAUCUGUAACGUUACCCCUCAAUAAAGACUUUCAGAUGACGAACCC